GCGUGCAGCUCGAAGCAUAUUCGCUGUAUGCAUGGGCGCGGGCUUUUAUGCUCUCUUCUCUCUCGCUGUGUCUUGUUCGGUCUGGUAUCACGUUCCAGCCGUUGAGUCGCCAACGGGUAAUAGUGUCGUCAAAAGAAAACACUGUCGGACCGCAGUGAUUCCAAUGUGUGAAACAUUCAACCGUGGCACCAUCACCCUUUGUGUGCAGUAGUACGCAGUACCCAAGUAUCUGUCGGAUACCGAGAUGCGUUAGACAAAAGCGAUUUUAUGAAAAGCUCGAAUGAGAACUCACACUCCUGGAGCUGCUGGAGAAGUAGAGGGCUGCUGCUGCUGGGUGGUGGUACGCCUCAGUUAGCACAUCACGGUGUAUACAGAAGUUAAAUACCGCGGACAGAUACACGCUGUUUCUCGAGUGUACGAGGUGGCUUGGGCACGAUUUUUAACGAUUUACCUUCACCAACACCUAAAAACCUGGUAUGAAAAUGAAGAAAUUCAUGACCACUAAAAUGUCUGCCGUAAGCACAACGUCACCAACGCCACCGGCAAUGUUUUCCUUCGACGAUCUGCUGCAGCAGGCAGUCGAUCGCAAUGGAAGUCCGACGUCGUCGGGCACCACGCUGGAACGUAAUGAGAAUGACGUUGAGGAUGACAGUCAAAACAGUAUGCCUAGCGUACCGCUACCACCACCAACGCCCACCGCCAUACUAUCAGUGGCCACUGCGCUGACUGCAAUCGCUGACGGAGAGGUUAAGACUGCGAAAGAAUCCGGCCUGGGACGGGUACUAGCGUCCACUACCGACACGCCAUCUUCGUCCUCCACCACCUCGACAGGCGUGGUAAAAAUGUGCGGAUAUCUAAAAAAGAAAAGAAACAAGAUGGGUGGAUGGCGUAAGCUGUUCUUCAUACUCCAGAAUCAACUACUGCUGUCGUACUCGUCGCGUGACGACUACGAGAAGAAGCUCGCACCGUUUAAGGACAUCAUCAAUCUGGUGCCGGGUACGGUCAUUAUCCCAACCACAGGACCGCGUUUCACCAUCGAAACGAACUCGAAGCUUAUGUAUACAUUCCGCUGUGACGAUCAUCGUAGCUGUUCCGAAUGGAUAAUGGCAUUGCUAGAUAGUUUGACCGUGGCAAAUGGAGGCAUUAGUGCUGAUCGUAACUUUAGCUUGCAUAACAGCUUCCAGCGCUCCACGUUACCACUAUCCUCGUUUUCAUUGCCAUCGAACUGCAAACCAUUCGCCGGUGUCAUUAGCCGAUCGAACGGGCUUGCCCUAGGGCCGAAGAAGCGUGCUCCCCAGCCACCGAACCGUGCGGGACCGCCAAAACCACCGCGCAGCUUCAGUGCGGAAGGUAUUGUGCGGCACGGUCCGGGUGGAACCGCCCGCGAACGAAACGAUGAAGAUGAUCUCAACAAUAAUGUAUUGACGGUGCAGCCGAGUGGCAGCACCGGUUACGAAGGGAAAUUUUUGGCUACCAAAAGCCACUCGAAUUCAAGGGAUAAUGCUACCAAGCUGUCCGGUGCUGGUGGAAAUGAUGUCACUAGACGACCGGAGACUGUCGUCCCCCUGGAAAUGCAGCAAACGCCCAUCGGAACGAGGGAUAGCAGCAGGGGUCACACGCUACUGGCAGAUCGACGGGACCGCAUCAAGAGUGGGGUGGAAGAUGGUGAAACACUGUCGACGAAGCCAGACAGGGCGGUAGGCAGGGAGGAACGGCAAAACCGACCGAGGCAGCAGAUAUUUCGACUGCAUCAGGAUGUUUGGAGCAAAUCACACCAACAGUCGAUGGAUGUGUGCCGCAUCAACAGCAUGUUUAACGAGCGUCCCAGCAUCGACAGUACCCACGGUAAUCGAAUUCCCUCGAGUUCGGCCACGGUGGGUGAGUCGACGAUCAAAUCUGGCUGUUCAUCGUCGACCAGCAGCAGCGGUCUGGUUGAUAAGGCGUCAUCUUGCAAUUCGCAUGUCUACGAGGAAGUUGGCGUACCGGAGGCAUUGCACGCCGCCCUGAUGGAAACGGAACCCAUCUACGCCGUGGUGGAUGUACGGGCGAAACGUUCACGUCGGCUAGCUCGUACACUGGAUGCCGACGGCACUGGCCAACCGGACGAUCGUGCCGAGGGUGGCCGAAAGGUGUCCCUGUCCCUGCCACAGAUUUCCGACGGUGUUGAGCUGGUCACCAGCACGGAACGGCGCCCAGUAACGGCACGCAGCUGCAGCAACUAUGACGACUACGAAGACGUCAACUAUCUGUUUGAGGCACGCCGAUCGACCGGUGGCACGGAGACGGAUAGUGUCGGCACGAAUGGUUCACAGGACCCGCUUCCGAUACGCCACGAAGCGUACGGCGAUGAGCACAUCUACGAACCGAUACAAGUGUCCGACCGUAUACCGUCCGUAACGACGGGUUCGUCUUCAUCGUUGCCCGCCCCAACCGACCAUCACCACAGCCACAGCCUGUGGCGACAGUUGAAGCGUAUGCAGCUGCAAGGUUCCUGGCGUCGGUUAACGCACCGGAACGGUACUACCGCCCCAUCCACACCAAAACCACAAUCAACGGAACCACCGAACGUCCGGUCGGCGACGGUAACCGCCCUCGAGGGAUUGGGCCGUCGCUUCGACAGUCACCGGCGGUCGAUCAAAAAACGCAUCAAAAACUUGUGCGAACGGAUCGAUCCGGAUAACACGACGCCAAGCACCGGUACGCAACAUCAAACAAUCGCACCGGAUAGUUCAUCCGCACCGGACACCUCAUCCGGCGUACGGUCACGCAAGUCCGUAUCGCUCGACAGUUUCCUGCUUGCGAAAGGUCAAACGUCUGUGCCGCGAUAUUAGCUGCAACACCGUCGUGUCAAUCACAGCACACAAAUG